CUGAUAGGUGGCACUGAUUGGCAUUGAUAGGUGGCACUGACUGGCACUGAUGGGUGACAUUGAAAGGCAGCUCAGAUGGGCACUGAUAUGUGGCAUUGAUGUGCACUGGUAUGCACUGAUAUGUGGACUUGAUGUGGCACUGAUGGGUACUGGUACGUGGCACUGAUGAGCACUGACAGGUGGCACUUGUGGGGCCACACUGAUCAUCAGUGCCCUGCGGCUCUCCUCUCCUCUGUCAGCGUGACAGCUCGAGAAGAGAGAAAUGCCGAUAACCGGCAUU